AUGCCGAGCUCCUCAAUGUUAUGCCUCGUAAACGAGAAUCUUUCGCUUUCUAAGCGCUUUCUGUCCUGUCACCUCCCGCCAAUUACUGGCCUUCAGCUUCAGCUGGUUGUAUCCCACGCGAUCCAGCAGUACUCAGAUAAACCUCCUUUACCACCCGAUAUUAGCCCAUGCGCUCAAGGUUUCCAGCCAACGUGGUCCAUCGCCCGUAUCGUCUAUAUUGUUGGGUUGGACUACCAACUCUUCUAUUUCGGGAUUUAUACGGACUACCCAUGA